CUACCUAGUGGAUUUGGCAGUAUUUAGCAAGAAGCCAAUUUUUUCCCACACCCAUCCAUUGAAUUUCUCCAAUCUUCUACACCUACCAUAUAUCCACCACGCCAUCAACAGAGAUGGAUUCAAGCCCAGGCCUUGCGCAGCAGAGAAUUAGCAUACCAAACAAGGACAAUGACAAACUUGUGGGUGUGCUGCAUAACACUGGAUCUCUGGAUAUCGUGGUGCUGUGUCAUGGUUACGGGUGCACUAAGGUCUGUAAAUUUUUAUUGGUUGUUUGAAGUGACCGCGCCUGCACGUGAGAGGAAGUGUUACAAUUUAAAAAGUUUUUUUGGGCUUAAAACUAUACGCUUCAGCUUUUGAUUGAAUUGACUCCUUGACAUUGUUAUUAAGUUCAAUCUGGCCAUGGCUUGUUCAUCUCAUGUCUAGUGCGUAUAUAAUGCCUUGAAGAUGCCAAGUAGACUAUAUAUCGUAUUCUUUAAUUGCUUUUCGGGUAUACAAAUAAGACGUACUCCAUUUCCCUAUAUUGGACUACAUUGUUUUUCACCCCCAUUGGUUUGGGAAUAAUUAUUAAGGCUUGCUUGCUCGUUGUCUUUAUUUUUUGCGCAUUUCUAUGUCUCUGCAGGAGAACGAAAUAAUUUCGCUUUGACUUCGCUGGAGUCGGGGAAAGCGAGGGCACGUUUAAGUAUUGCCGCUGCCAGGGAGAGGCUGAAGAUUUGCGUUCUGUGGUGGAAUACUUCACUGAGCAAAAGCUCAAAGUAGCUGCCAUUGUUGGGCAUAGCAAAGGAGGCGAUGUCGCGCUGCUAUAUGCCUCAAAGUAUCAUUACGUUCAUACCGUGGUCAAUGUCUCGGCUCGCUACGAUGUGCAUAGAGGCUUUGAUGUGUUUUUUGGAAAAGACUACAUGCAAAGACUCAAGACCGACGGAUUCAUAUGUGUCGUUGACAAGGAUGGAGUCGAACACCGUGUUACCGAAGAAGAAAUGAUGGAUCAGCUAAGCAGAGACAUGCAUGAAGCAUGUGCCAAGCUUGACAAAUCAUGCAGGGUACUGACCAUUCAUGGAUCGAAAGACGAGAUCAAUCCGGUUGGAGAUGCUUUAGAGUUUGACAAGGUCAUACCAAACCAUAAGUUGCACAUAAUUGAAGGAGCUGACCAUUUUUACACAUCACAUCAGACUGAAUUGGUUUCCAUUGCCAUCUCCUUCAUAAUGGAAGGUUUGAAGUAGAACUCAAAGCGAUCUGUUACGCCCGAAAAUCGUGAAUAUAUUCCGAUCCUUAUAGUGUUUGUGAUUGCGUUCGACGAAGAACACCAUGCAAUGCCUCUUAUAUAUAUGGAGUAAUAAAAAAAAGGACAUGAU